ACGCUCUCGUAGUGGCAGCAACCAGCACCAAGCGUGUGCAGUGCCUCCUCGUAGCUUCGGCUCUCAAUAAAACUGGCUAUUUAUCAUCAAUCAUGGCCGCCGGAGUACAGAUUUAACUCCCCGUCUUCUACUCCCUGACGACUUUUGAAAGGAGAAAGGGGAGGGGAAGGGCGGGAGGGGAUUUCUGUUUGCGGAGAAGAGGAAAUAUUAUUAUUAGUCCCACACGGAUUUGGAUUUCCUCCUGGAAUUGCAGUGCAUCUCGCAAGGGAAAUACCAUUCAUGUCAAAUCUCCAAAAUGCAGCCGCCGCCGAGGAAGGUCAAAGUGACGCAGGAGCUAAAAAACACCCACACAGAGCAGAUGACAAGGCUACACUUUAAACAUCAGACCGAAUGUGACCUGCUGGAAGACAUGAGGAGCUACAGUUUGAAGAAAGGACAGCUGGAGCGUGACUAUGCACAGGCUCUGCAGAAGUUAGCAAGUCAGUACUUAAAGAGAGACUGGCCUGGAAUCAGCCCCGAUGACCAGAGAACAGAUUAUAGGAAUGUGUAUGCAGUGUGGAGGGCCUACUUAGAGGGGACAGUUCAGGUGAGCCAGUCGAGAUUGAAUGUGUGUGACAACUACAAGAGUCAAAUAUCAGAACCUGCCAAGACUGUUAGACUCUAUAAGGAACAGCAGCUCAAGAAGACUAUUGAUCAGUUGAGUGGCAUCCAAGCAGAGCUGCAGGAGUCGGUGAAGGAACUGGCGAAAGCAAAGAAAAAAUACUACGACUGUGAGCAGGUUGCACACGCCGUACGAGAGAAGGCUGACAUAGAGGCCAAAUCCAAACUUGGUCUUUUUCAGUCAAGAAUUAGCUUACAGAAGGCAAGUGUAAAGUUGAAAGCCAAGAGAAGUGAUUGUAACUCCAAAGCGACGCAGGCCAGGAAUGACUACCUGCUAACGCUAGCUGCUGCAAAUGCCCAUCACGACCGCUACUAUCACACAGACCUGCUGCACUGCAUACAGGCCUUAGAUGGGAGAAUCUAUGAGCACGUGAAGGACUACCUGGUGGCUCUGUGCCGCACUGAGCUGGAGGCAUCGCAAGCUACUCACAGCACCUUCCAGUUCCUUUUAGAAAAAUCCUCCAGGAUAAUACAGGAGUUCAACCAGCAGUUGUUCAUGCAAGAAAACCCCGUGUUUCACAAAGCGCACGACUUCCAGUUUCAGGCCAGCGAAUAUGACACGACUCUGAGCUUGGUGCAGCAGUUGGUGGACAUUGAGCCGUCGCCCGUCAGUGCCAUGAGAAUGACCCUGGCACAGAGCCGUCAGCUGGAGUCGGAGUCGGGAACGACUGAGGAGCACAGUCUGAACAAAGAGGCCAGAAAAUGGGCAACCAGAGUGGCCAGAGAGCACAAGAAUAUCAUUCACUGCAAGCGAUCUCUGGAGGAGUGCGAGACUCAUGGCCUGCCUCCCAGUGAGCAGGGCAGACUAGAUCUGGAGCUGAAGAUCGAAGACACCAAAGAGAUAAUGCGCAAAGCUGAGACAAUAAAGUUGAAAGCCGAGGCUCGACUGGAUCUUUUACGGCAAGUUGGCGUGGCUGUAGAUACCUGGCUGAAGAGUGCCAUGAACCAGGUGAUGGAGGAGCUGGAAAAUGAACGCUGGGCCACCUACACUACCCACGAUCCCUCACUGUCGGGCACGGUGGACUUGGAGCGAGAAGAGGGAGAGGAGUGUGAAGAGAAUAUGGAGGUGUUUGACGACAGCAGUUCCAGUCCCUCGGGUACCCUGCGUAACUACCCACUAACCUGCAAAGUGCUCUACUCAUACAAGGCGUCUCAGCCGGAUGAGUUAACCAUUGAUGAACAGGAGAUGUUGGAGGUCAUCGAGGAUGGAGACAUGGAGGACUGGGUCAAGGCACGCAACAAGACAGGUCACGUGGGUUACGUCCCAGAAAAAUACCUCCAAUUCCCGACUUCCAAUAGUCUGCUAAGCAUGCUCCAGUCCCUGGCCACGCUGGAUGCUCGAUCAUACACCUCCUCUAACUCAACCGAACCGGAGCUGCACUAUGGCUGCAUCAAUGGAGACACAAACACCGUGUACGUCCGUGCGCUUUACGACUAUGAAGGCCAGGCGGACGAGGAGCUCUCGUUUUCCGAGGGCGCAGUCAUCCGCCUACUGAACCGCGACACUCAGACAGACGACGGCUUCUGGGAGGGCGAGCUGAAUGGACGGGUCGGGGUUUUCCCCUCCGUUCUGGUGGAGGACCUCACGGAGAAUGGGGAGACGAGCGGGGGAGGGCUGAAUGACACACAGAUUUCUCCUUCUUCAAAGUUGCCGUGUUCCCUGCCGCCUUUGCCUCUGUACGACCAGCCUCCCAUCAGCCCUUUCACCAGCCCGGAGACCUCCACGCCUCCUCCUCUUCCGCGCUCCCCCUCCACCGCACUUAACGGGGAGCACAAGCUUCCGCUGCCAGCCUCCUCACACAAGGGACAGCUGUCCUCUCACAAUCAAAGCUCUGGCAGAAGUCCAGUGUCUCCAGGAUUUCCUCAGACUCAGCCACUGCGAUUCACAGUUGAAGGAGGCGGACCAGGCAAACUACGACCGGUGCGAGCCGCUCCGCCUCCACCCAAACAACAACCUCGCAGGCCGCAUGAGAAGAGCGAGAAGACGGAGGAGGUGGAGAUCACGCUGGUGUGACGGACAAGCUUGGCAGGAUGAUGCUGUUGAACAAAAGUCGGAAGCAGACCUUGUUGCAGUGAGCUGCUCUGAACUGAUGCGAGCAUAAAUGAAGCGAUGAGAAGUUCAUUUAAUCAAACCACACUGACACUGCCGGAUGCUCUGCAUCUUCUCUCAUUCCCGAAGCGAGGAAAAGGAGGGCAGAGAGGCGGGUUAAUGGUUGGCAUGUCCAAUUAAAUAAUCUCCAUUUUAGCCUCCUAAUGAAGUGCAGCAUUAAGUUCUCCAAGCUCCUGCUAAGUCUGGCCUUAGAAUGUCACCUCACUGAGCAGCAAACUGGAGCGAGGAGGAAUACUUCAAGAUGGGGAAUAUUUAUUGAUGGGUUCGUUAGACUUGUUAAGCUUACAAGAUAUGUAAGGCAGUUUUUCUCUGCACUCUUUAAACUCCUUCAGAACAUUAAUGAAGCAUCAGUAACAUCUCAGAACCCCACUAUGACAAACUUGCAGUACCAGUGAAAGGUUUCUGGUUUACCGCGGACAUAAACAUUUUGUUAGUUUUUGGCUUUUCAUAAUAAGUUUCAACUGCUCUUUUUUUCAUAGGUGGAGUAAUCAUACAGGUUACAACUUCAGUGAUGUUUUAAGACAAGAACUGGGUGCACAAGUUUGAGUUUAUUGUGGAUUUACUCUUAUUCAUAGAUGCUUAAAAUUAUGCACUGUUGCCCAAAAAGCUGGAUUCAAUAUUUAGUUACAUCUUCUCAUGAAAUAGUUGUGACAAGGUGAUUUAUUCUUGCCAGGUAAAGUACAUACAGGAAAUAUUAAACUUAAAGAAAAUCAGGAAUGUGUUUAAAAAAACAAUUUAUUCUGUUUUUAUGGCCAACAGUGGACAUACGAGCUCAAAUAUUUACAUAUAUCCCUACAAAUAUUUGGUUAAAUAUCCCUUAGAGAGAUUAACUGCGUGCCUUUUGUUGCCAUCAACAAACAUUUGUCAUAAUUGGCAAUUGACAUUAAACCACUCGUCUUGGUAGAAUGGCUAGUUAUUUGAAAUUGAUUUGGUCCCUGGCUCGGAUCCAGCUUUGAAAAAUAUCCCAUGCAUUCUCAGUCGGGUCGAGGUCAGCACUUUGGAGGAGAAAUUCCAGAUGCUUAAUUCUAGCCUUUUGUUACCCAUUUUUAGUCAUAAUUAUCCUGUUGGAAAACCUGAUUGUGUCCAUACUUCAACCAUUUCACUCUAGCUUUUAGCCUUAGAAUAUUUGUUAGAAUGUUUAAGAACCACUGAAGUUCAGGGGUGGGUCUAACUCCAGUCCUCGAGGGCUGGUGUCCUCAACUUUUAGAAUCGUCAUUGCCUUAACACACCUAAAUCAAAUGUAUGGCUCAUUACCAGGCCUGUGCAGAACUUGACUGCAUACUGAGAAGGUAAUUUAGCCAUUUGAUUAAGGUGUGUUGGACCAAGGACACAUCUAAAAGUUGUAGGACUCUGGCUCUUGAUGAUUGGAGUUGCCAAGUCCUGGUCUAGAAACUGCUGGGACACCAGCAUCAUUGCCAUGGACUAGGAGGGUGCCUCUUCUAUUAAAAGCAACACCUUCAGGCUUGACUGUAGAAAGGUUUAAUAGUCAGACGUGACAAAUACAAAUGCAUGUCUACCCAAAGAAGUGUCAAGAUGAGGCUUUUGCAUGGUGGUGGCAGCAUCAUGGUCUGUUUAGAUGCCAGUUGCACAGACAAAUUGCAUAAUGGGAUUAGAAAAAUGCUGAACUGCUGCAAAUAAUAAGUGGUUUCUCUACAACUCACACAGGGACAUGUAACCAAAUAUUUGGGGGAAAAUGUCUAUAAAUUUGAGUCUGUAUGUAUACUUUUGACUCUCUGAUGGUUCAAUAAAAUCCAACUUGUGGGCAGCCAAUUCUUGCUUCUGAAACAUAUUCACCAUUAGUUGUAGUAUAAUUGGUCCACGAUGAACAAAAAAACCAUUUGAAUUUGUCGUUAAAGGCCCAAAAUGAACACAAUAUGUUACAUGUAUGCAAACCUUUCACAGGGAAGUAUGUGUCUGAUGUUUUUAGCUACAUUUUGUAAGUGUUGAGGCGCCGUAAAGGAGAAGAUGUGGGGGUUGGGUAAAAGAAAUCUACUUUUGUUGGGGGUGUUUCAGAGUGCAGAGCAGGGCUGAGGGAAGUGGACAGAAAACCUACAGGGUGUGUUUGCUUCCAGCCCCUCCCUCGCCAUAUAUAGUCAUUAUCAUUAUACGUAUUUAAUGUGUAUUAGUACAGUACAUUACUGUUGUCAUAGGAAUGUUUAUGCACAUGAUUUCAUAUAGACUAUAUGAGCUGAAUGGAAUACCCUGUCUGAUAUGUAGUGGAAGUUUUACCUUCAUCAUGUACAGAAAAGGGUGUUGUAAAUACAGCAGGGAGGAGAGGUGGAAGGAGAGAAAGGAGGAGAUGGAAGAAGAAACAAAAGCGGAAGGAGGCUGGAUCCUCACUGUUCUUGUGCUCACUUCUCCUCCCAUCUCUGCUUCACAUCUCUCCUCCUAACGUUCAUUCUGUCUUUGGACAGUUGGUGUGAAUCAGUGGCUAUAAUAUACAUACAUACAGUUACAAUAUAUUACACAAGUUGUUAUAUCUUCUCUCAUUAUGUGCGCUGCGUGGUUUUUAUCUCCGACUGAGGAAGGCUACUGGUGCUUUGAAAUGCACCGAAUCUUGUUGGUAUUCACUAUGUGGUAUCAAAAACAACAUUUGUUUGAAAUAAUGGAAACAAAUCAUUUAGGGCCAGAAACAAAGACUGAAGAUCAUCAGAUCCUUGAAGAUCAUAUUUUGCAUUGAUUUCAUUCAUCUGUUCAGCUUCAACAUUCAUCCAUGUUUAUUCACAUGAUUUUAUUCGCAGAACUAAAAAUAAGGCUCAAAUGGAGCUGAGUACUAAUCUGUGGUGGGUUUCUUUUUUACUCAAAGUAAAUAAAUACCCUUCAUCAUGUACUAUUCAAGCCUUUAAAAGUCCUUCCCUAAAGGGCGUUGUAGCACUUUUAUUUAUUUGUACUUCCCUGGAAAGUAGCAGUACCCUCUCGUAGCAUCAGCAUGGACAGAAAUAACUCCUAUAGGCUAUUGUAGCGACACAUGCAGAGAUGUGAGUUUUAUCUUUUCAUAUUGACUCUACAGAUGCUCUUUAAGGAUGGUUGAUGCGUUAAACAAUGAUACACUCUUCAAAAGAGAUGAGAGAUGACUUUGUGUAAUGUUAUUUCGGGUUUUGCUUAAAUUAUGAAAGAAAAUUUUGAGAUUGAUGUCUUUUUGCUUUUUUUUUUUACUCUUGGGACAGCAGGAGCUGGUCAUAUUGCCCCUUUGCCCUUUAAUAUACUGGCAGUUUCUAUUGUUUUGCACCCAACCUUUUUGGACCUUCUACCACGGGGCGUUUCACAUUGAACAUGUGCCAUUUGAUACCCAACUUCUGGUAAUUUCGUGCCCACUUCAACAACCGCUGAUUUAAAAUCAUUUUUUAAUGUCCUUGAUCAAGGACAUUAAACAUCAAUCUAUCAUCAGCCUUUCUAAACAGGCAUUAUCAGAACCACAAUUAGUAGAAAUAGGAUGUAAUGUAAAAUAUAAAAAAAUAACAUUCAAUAACUUUAAAUUCCAUACAGUAUGAGCAUAUUAAAGAUAUUUUUUUACUCAUUAAGUCAUCAGAUUAAAUAAACUCAAUGGUUUGGUACAUGGAUGCAAAACGGGGCACCGUAGAGGCAAACUGACCCGAAGCCCGGAAAGCCCUGGCUGUUUGUGCGGAUGACUCUAACGGCUCAAAGAACAUUACUGCUGAUAAAGUUCCUAUGUGAAACACACACUGACUGCGAUAAUAUAUGUUCAAUUUGCUUUAAUGGGUUUACUGCACUGUAAAGCUCCACAAUCCAACAGCACAGGAAAUUGCUGCAAAGUAAACUUAGUUUUCUGUCCUGUGUGGUUCCAGAAACCGAAAAAAACUGAAAAUUGGCAGUAUAUGUGUAUUUAUUCCUGUUUUUGAAAAUUAUUGAUAGUUGUCCUCCAAAGAUGUUGCUAAAACUGUAAAGUAAAUUUUUAUGCUACUUUAAGCUGUACUGAGAAAUGGCUUUAGACCUCAAGUAAGUUUGGGGUUCAGCUAACUGGUUACCUCUUUACAAAGUAGAAAAAUGUGAUGCGAGGGAUGUACUAAAACAUUUGUACAGCAGCCACGCUUGCAGCAGACUCUCCUUCAUCUCUUUGACAUCUCUUUUACAAUUUUUUCCAGAGCUGUUUUUGAAACUUUAAGAUUUAGAGUGGUGUCACAAGUGCAACAUUUAUGACUUUUAUUUGCCAGUUGCCACUUUAAACAUGCUAAUUUCCUCCUUUUUUGACCGCCUCUUUUAUCUGCUCCAGUGUUGAGAUAUUUGUUACUUUGGUUUUUAUGUUUUUAUAUGAUUCUAUAUUUCUCAUGUAUCAAUGAUGCGGUGAAACAAACUGGCCUUCUUCCUUCAUAGACUGUUGCCAUUGUGACAAUAAUGAAAACAGGCGCAAAAGUCUUUCAGCGUAUUAAUAUUGGCUGUACAAAAAUAGAGUUUGUAUUUAUUGUGUACAAAAGUUAAUUAAUAAAAAAUGUUUAAAAGA